UAUAGGUAUAUAAAAGGAAAACAUUUUGGUGCAAAACUAUAAAUUUGUAUUAAAAUGAACAUGCCAACAAAAUACUUGUAUUUGGCUUUGGUCGCUUUGGUAUUAAUUGAUUUUGUUUAUUCUUAUGAUUGGGAUGAAGAAAAAAAUAUAUUCGUAAAAAUGGUUGAAAAGUUGCGCAAACUUAACGAAGACAAAAAACUCGAUGCUAAUAAAGUCGAUGAAAAACUUAGUGUAUGUGCAAAAGCUCAUAUAGGACGUUCUAAGUGGGUAAAGAAAUAUGUUAAGGAAGCAAUUUUUGAGAAUAAAGAUCCUAUGGACACUAUAAAUCAUUUAAUGGAGCAGUCACGUUCUUGGAGCAUGAACGUGGAUGGUUGGCAUAACUGCAUUUAUUGCAUUGAAAACGGCUUGGGAAUUUGAAAGAACUAAUGAAAUAAUUUCUCUUUUAAGUCUAUAUAAUAAAUAAAGUAUUUGCCCCUAUAACAUUUUUGAAGUAUUCUUUCUCCUUUAAUUGAAUACUUUAUUUGGG